AUGUGGCCCUCCCCUUACCCCCCUUCUAGUCCCCCCCCUCCCGCGAUGUCGGAAGAAACCCGACGGAGCAAACUGGCUGCGGCCAAAAAGAAGCUAAAGGAGUAUCAGCAGAAGCACAGCCCUGGUGUUCCUGCAGGAGCGAAGAAAAAGAAAAAAGUAAAAAAUGGCACCAGCCCUGAUACCACUUCUGGCGGUUGCCACCCACCUGAGGAUAUUCAGGACAUUCUGAAGGUGCUGGUGUCCGACCUUAACCGCUCCAAUGGGGUAGCACUCUCCCCAUUGGACAAGUGGAAGGCGCCCAAAGACUGCGCCGCUCCUACACAACCUGCUGAUGACCCUAUGCCACCUGACGGUGUCCCUUCAUCCGGUGCUGGUGCAACUAGCACGGUGACACCUCAGAACCAUGAUGAUAACUGCCCUCAUCUCAUGGAUGAAACCAAGACUUUCUCAUCAACUGAGAGCCUGCGACAACUCUCUCAGCAGCUCAAUGGUCUUGUGUCUGAGUCCACUUCCUACAUUAAUGGUGAGGGGCCUGCGUCUUCUGCCAACAUGAAAGAUCUGGAGAGCCGAUACCAAGAGCUCGCAAUAGCCCUGGAUACCAGCUAUGCAACGAACAAUCAGCUAAAUAAAACCAUAGAGGAACUGAAACAAGAGAAGCAAGAAAUUUUGGAUCAACUGGAAAAAGAGAAAAGAGACUGCCAUCAAAAGCUGGUAAAGGAGCAGGGAUCCCUGCGGGAACAACUGCAGGUUCACAUCCAGACCAUCGGUAUUCUGGUUUCCGAAAAGGCCGAAUUGCAGACGGCCCUGGCCCACACACAGCAGGUCGUUGACCAUAAGGCAGGAGAGGCCAAGGAGCUUGCUGGCCGCCUGCAGUCCUGCCGACAGCGCAUAGGAGAACUGGAGCGCACUCUUUCUGCUGUGUCCACCCAACAGAAACAAGCAGAAGAGCACAACAAAGAACUAACCAAAGAAAGAGACGCCCUCAAAUUGGAGCUGUACAGAAACACUAAGAGUAAUGAGGACUUGCUGCAACAAAAAUCGGAAUUGGAGGAGAAGCUUCGAGUCCUAUUGACCCAGAAGGCAGCCAUGCAGCUCGAGGUGGAGGACCUGCAGAAGAAGCAGGAGAUGACAGAGCUCCUUCUGCAACAAUUUUCCAGUGCGUGUGACUCCUCUGACAGCAACAUGAAGUUACAACGGGCCAUGGAGGAGCGGGCCCAGCUGGAGACACACGUGGGACAGCUUAUGGAGUCACGGACACAGCUUCAGUUGGAACGAGAUAAGUACGCGGACGAGCUAAUCAAAGAAACUGCCAUGUGGCAGGAAAAGAUAAAGAAGAUGUCAGACCAGGUGGUCGUGCUACAAGAAGAGAAGGAACGCUGUCUGCGCCAGAUGCAGGAGCUGGAGAACAACUUGUUCCAGCAUAGAACGCAGACAGCGGAACCUCCAUGUCCAGAGCCCCCUGCAGGGCCCUCUGAAGUAGAACAGCAGCUGCAAGCGGAGACUGAUCAGCUCCGCACAGAACUGGAGAGCCUGGCAGGACAACUCCAGGCCCAAGUGCGGGACAAUGAGAGUUUGAGCCGCCUGAACCAGGAGCAGGAGGAGCGGCUGCUGGAGUUGGAGCGGGCUGCUGAGCGCUGGGAUGAGCAGGAGAAGCAACACAGACAGGUGCUGGAGACAAUCCAGAGUGACCGCACCACCAUCAGCCGUGCACUCUCCCAGAACCGCCUCCUGAAGGAGCAGCUAGCUGAGCUGCAGAGUGGCUUCAUACGAAUGUCAAAUGAAAACAUGGAAAUUACUAGUGCGCUGCAUUCGGAGCAGCACAUCAAGAAGGAGCUGGCCAAGAAGUUGGGCCAGCUUCAUGAGAACCUUGGAGAAAUGAAAGAAACGAUGGACCAGAAAAACCAGGAGGCUCAGAGUCUGCAGGAGCAGCGAGAUCAGUACUUGACCUACCUACAGCAGUACGUGGCUGCCUACCAGCAGCAGGUGGCUGCCUACCAGCAGCUGGUCUCUGAAAAGGAGGCGCUGCACAAGGAAAUGCUCCUGCACAUCCAAGUCAUAGACCAGAUAAAACACGAGUCAGUUGUGAGCAAGGCGGAGGCCGAGAUGGCCCGCCAGGAGUUGCAAGUGGCCCAGGAGCGUCUGCAGGCCGCCGACCAGCAGAACCAGGAGCUGCAGGCCCAGCUGAGUUCUACUGAGCUCCCCGAGGAAGGUUAUGAGUUGAGCGAUGAGGAGGUCAAGGAUGAUGACCCUCAUCAGCCCAUACUGACCAUCCCAGCGGACUUUGAGACCCAAGAAGCUAUGGUGGCAUAUGUUAACAUGGCUCUGGCUAGUGCUGAAAAGGAGCGGGCACAGCUGCGGGAGCAGCUGAAGAAACACAGAGCGCGCUUCCAGCGCCUAGUCAAGCUGACAGACCUGACCCGGAAGGCGCCGCAGGAGGUGACACCAGCCCCUGCGACCAGGACCGAGGCUGUGUCUGAGGAGGAGUACCAGGCCCUCCAGGGGGCCAUGGAGAAUCUGCAGAGCCGCUUCAUUGAAGUGAUGCGGGAAAAGGCAGACCUGAAGGAGCGGCUGGAGGAGCUGGAGCAUCGCUGCAUCCAGCUUUCUGGCGAGACUGACACUAUCGGCGAGUACAUUGCCCUCUACCAGAACCAGAGGGCAGUGUUGAAGGAGCGGCACCGAGAGAAGGAGGAGUACAUCAGCCGACUGGCCCAGGACAAGGAAGAGAUGAAGGGGAAGCUACUGGAGCUGCAGGAGCUGGUGUUACAACUUGUGAAGGAGCGCGAAAAGCGGCAUGGCAAAUUCCUGGCAGCCGCCCAAAGCCCUGCUGUAGAGACCACUCCAGGGUCUGCAGCCCCCCAGGAGCUGGGAGCUGCUGACGUGCAGCAGGCUGAUCUCUGCGAGGUGAGCCUCGUUGACGGGGAACCUGCACAAGAAGAGACGGAGGAGGGUUCUCCUCCAGAGAAUCUAACUGCACAGCAGAUCAUUCAGUUGCUGCAUGAAAUUCAGAACCCGCAGGAGCGUCCAGGCUUGGGCAACAGCCCCUGCAUCCCCUUCUUCUACAGGGCUGACGAAAAUGAUGAGGUGAAGAUUAUGGUCAUUUAGAGCCCAGAGAAGUGGGGCCGGGGGCUCUGUCCCCUCCCUGUUUCUUCCCCUCUCACCCUGUCCUUGCCAACCGUCCCUCCCACCAUGCCCCUGCCACCUUUCCCUGCCACUCCUUCCCUGCCUUUUAUCUUUAGAGUAGUAAGAUAAGACCCCUGCCUAACAGGGAGACAAACCGGUGCAGGCCCUUUGCCAUCUUGAUCAGGGCUCAAUCUUAAUUUCUGGGUUUGCUUUCUUCCAGAAAAACAAAGAGCCACAGGCUCACAAAUCAGUUUCUUUGGAGGCUGCCCCUCAGGAGUAGCAGGGACUCCCUGGUGGCCUCACCCCACCAAGCAGGCCUUCUUUAGGUGGCUCCCUUCUCUUACUCAGAGACACUUGGGGCACGACAAUGGGGUGGCAUUCUCUUCAUGUGGACAGUUGGGCUAACUGUUGGCCAGGCAAGAGCACAGGUUGCUGGGUUGGGCUCCCCUCCCCCUGUGUACAUAUUGUAUUUGUGUAACAUUUUGUAUAUUCUGGGGGUUGAGCCACCCCCUGUAUAAUAGCAGUGGUUGGAACUGGCAAAUGAGAAGAUUCUAAUUAUUUGGGACUGGGAAACUUAUUUAUUAAUAGCACAGGGCAGAGGAAGGAGGCGGGGAUGGGGUUGUGGCACCCUGGUGACGCGGCUCCGGUUUAUUUUGCUUUUUAUUUCAAAAUAAAAUAAAUGGAUUUAUCCUCCUUC